AUGAUCACAAACAGGCAAGGAAGGAAGAAAUUCCUUCCAUUAAGCGGCUUAUGUAUUGGCGGCGAAGGUGGGAUUGCGGGGCUUUUUGUGUUCGGUGGAGCCUUGGCCAUUGCAGGUUUCAUGGCAGCUGCUUCUUUUGCCAGCAACAAACAAGAGGCAAAGGGCACCCAUGAUCAACAGACUAAACCUAAACCCCAACAACUGUUAUUGGCCGAACACGAGUGUAAGAGUGAAGAAGAUCAUCAUGACACCACCCAAAGUCUCACCUCUCUUAUUCAGAACUCAUCAAUCCAACAUGGAGAUGCCACAUGCUAUUGGAAAUCUGAUAUGGGCAUCGACCAAGAGGAGAAAAGUGGGCUUAAAUCGGGAAGUGUUGAUCACGAGAGUCCAACCUGCUUUCAACAUCAGGAAAUUGUGUUUUCUGACUCUUCGCACCCAGAAAGUGCAGCGUCGUCCAACGGAAGUGUGAUUGCGGAGGAAUGCAUGGUAUCGUUGUUUAACAGACCCAGUGGUCAAGAACAAGAGGCGGUUCAAAAGGAUGAAGUACCUCAAGACGAUCAAACGUCCUCAGAAACAGAAACCGAAACCGAGGACGAUGUUGAUGAUGAUGAUGAGGAUGAGGAUGACAUGAUGUCCGAUGAUGUUUCAGAGGCUGGCGAAGAUGAUAGCUCAAACGAAGCAGGGAACACCUCCCUGAAUUACAAGGAGGAGCAAGUUUGGCCUGCAGAGCUGAUUCAACAUGGAAAGGAAAAAUUCAAGGGAGGCAGCCAUGUUUGUUCCGGCUCUGACGUGGAUAGCUCUGACUACGACGAGAACGUGACAGAGUCAUUUUAUGUACUAGAUGAGGGUCAUGCGGUAGUAGAGAUGGAAGACUUCAGACCAGGAAAAGUGACAUCUUGUAACGAGAAACACCCUAGCAAAUCUCCUUGGGUAAAUGCUUAG